CAGCAAUGCAUGAGAAGUUGGUCGAGGACCAGAAACAGCUUGUGGGAGGAGCUAACAUGACAGAGAGUCUUGGCAGAGCACUAGCAGAGGGCAAUGACUGUGCAGACAAUCUGUUCAAAGAUGUCUUAGGAAGAAAGGACAAGGCAGAUGCCACUAGGAACGCUCUUCAAGUCUUGCAGAGGUUCAAGUUCUUCUUCAGCCUUCCUUGUGCUAUAGAUAGAAACAUAAAAACGGGUGAUUAUGACCUUGUCAUAUCAGAUUAUGCCAGAGCCAAGACUCUCUAUGGAAAAACAGAUGUAAAUGUAUUUAAAAAAGUUGAUGCAGAAGUUGAGGAAAGAAUACAAAACUUCCGCAGAUUCAUCCAUGCCAAGUUAAUGGAGCUACCCACUCCUUUAGAGGAACAGAAAAAACUUAUUAGAUAUCUAAUCAGUUUGGAGAUGGAAGGGGACCCGGCCUGGGAGUGUAUAAGCAACCAACAGAAAUGGUUAUUAGACCUGCUACUUAGAUGUAAAGAUGAACACAUUGAGAAAGACAAGUCUGCUUCUAAGGAGCUUCAGCUUAUGUCACCCAAGAAAAAGAAGUCAUCUCCCAUGAAAACUAAAGGAAAAACAGGCUCACUUACAAGAGUGCCACAGCAGGUUCACUUUAUAGAAGACUUAUGUAAAAUACUCACUGAUACAUUCCCUGACCUCUGGAGAUUAGGUCAGGCGUAUCUAAGUGGCAAACUUGUGAAGCCUGGAACAAUGGCAAAAGGCCCAAAAGUUGAUCCAGUAAAACACCAGCAAUUCAAGAAAAUGAUCCUAGAUGUGACCCAGACACUGAGCAACCUUGUAAGAGCAGCAUUUCUCCCUACAAACCUCCCAGAAGACCUCACUCUAGAUGAGAGGCACAAGUUUGGCAUCUGGCCUGAGAGGCACACCCCUGGGGCUUGGUUACCUCAAUGUGUCAGAUGUGUCAGGUCGUGUGUGAAUUCUCUACUCAGCCUGGAACUUCCCUCUGAUUCCAUAGAAAGUCUACAUGAGCUUGCCUUAGAUAUGCGGUCAAAUUGUAUGAAUGUACUUCUCAAUCAGGCUAUAGAAGAUAUUGAUGGGUUGAACAGCUGUGAAACAUGGGCAGUUGCGACAAAUGAUGAAAAUGGUGGAGUGACACAACUGCCUCUAUUGUUUGAGAACAUUGUGAAUGAGACAGUUCAGCACUUACAUGAGGUAGUGCUGCAGACCAAGGAUGGGGAAGCUGAGAUAUUUGAACAAAGGCCAAUACAAAAGGAAGCUACGCUAAUGUGUUCUAACAUAAUGCAAGCAUUCUCACG